UCCACUGGUCGUUCUAGUGCAGAAAAACCUGCACUGGCCAGCGCGCGCGUGUUCCACUGGUCGUUUCAAUGCAAAGCGCAUCGCAUUCCGCUGGUCGUUACGGGGCGACUACACCGGGCGAGUACAACACCAGUGCAACUCUGCCUGCACGGAGAAAAUCGGCGGUGGAGACCGGAACACGGGAGUGCGCCCGCUUCCGGACGGUCCCUCCUCCUCUUUCGAAUGAACAUGGCGGACGAAAUGGAAGUGGUUUUCGGUCUCGUUGAGGAUUCCGAAAGCAGUGACAGCAGCAGAGAUAGCUGUAGUAGUAGCGAAGGAGGAUCGGCGUAUUUGAACGCCUUCGAAACUUUCUUUUCCCUUCCUCUGAUGCGACCGAAGAUUGGAAACUUCAUCGACGACACCGUGCAUCGGUACUCGGACAAUGAGUUCAGGAGAAACUUUCGGCUGAGCCGAGAUGUGUGCGACACACUGGUGCGCGGGUUUGCGGCAUCCCCCUACAACCCUGCAGGCAAUCGAGGCGGAUCACCGCCGAAGUCACCAGAGGAACAUGUCCUCGCAUUUCUCUGGUAUGCUGGUAACAAAUGCUGCAUCAGAGACGUCGCUGGACGUUUCAACGUGGGUGAGACUACUAUGCAUCGGAUAGUUGGGAGGGUUGUCUCUUUCCUGCUUGACAAAGCCGGACACAUCAUAAAGUUCCCCAGCGACCUAGAUGCACUUGCAAGAGAUUUUCAGGAGAUUUCAGGAAUCCCAGGUACCAUCGGAUGCAUUGAUGGGACCUAUAUCCAGAUUCGGUGCCCAGCACACAAGAUCAAGUCCACUUAUGUAAAUAGACACGAUAUUCCUUCUCUGACCAUGCAGGGAGUGUGCGAUGACAAGCGCCGCUUCCUCGAUGUCACAACGGGUUUCCCGGGGAAGGUACAUGAUGCACGGGUUUUCAGAACCUCAUCAAUCGCAGAAAAGCUGCCGUACAUAUGUUGUGUCAACAAGUAUCACAUUCUUGGUGACGCAGCAUAUCCCUUGAGGGAGUACUUGCUUACUCCCUUCAGGGACUACGGUACAUUGACAGAGGAGCAGAAGCAGUUUAAUUUUAACUUCUGCAGGACGCGUGUACGCAUUGAGAAUGCAUUUGGUAUUUUAAAGCAGCGAUUUCGGCAGUUGCAGCUUCUGGAAUUCAUCACGGUGGACCAGUCGUCAAAGUUUAUACUUGCAUGUUGUGUACUUCACAAUCUCUGCAUAAACUCUGGUGACUGUUCCAUUGAUGACGUUGAAUGCGCUCCAGAAGUUCAAACAAAUGAAGUAGUGGAAGCUGCAGAUGUGCGGGAGUGUGCUCUUAGGAAGCUUGGAGAGCUUAAGCGCCUCAGAGUCAUGAGGUCUAUGAACCUUUAAAUGUAAAACUGUUGGGGUAGGGUUUGUGACAACAUUCAAGAGUUGAAAUGUAAAUGAUGGUAAGGAAACUAUACUAUAUAUCAUCUGUUAUGUACUGCAUGGCCACUGCUUUCUGCUCGCUUUAUUGCAUGCCACAACUUUGUAUUACAAAUGUAUAUUAAAAAAAAAAAAUCCUUUGCUCGUUCUGGAAUUUUCCCCACGUAACCACUAACCUACUUAUCUUUCGCUAUGCUUACCAAUUCUUGCCUGUUGUCCCGUUUCGUCCACGUGUUCGUGAACCUUCCAUUUUUCUGUAACCGGUCUGUAGCCUAGAUAACUAUGUUCACAUAAUCCCCUCCGCACUCUAACAAAGCAGCCAUUCACUCCGGCCGUAGAAGCCCGUACGGACCCUUUCUUCCCUCCGGGCUGUUGACCCACAAUUCGCAUGAACCUGUGGCGGCCACCUACCGUAAAAGAAGACGGACAGCAUGCCCUUUUCACGCACACGAUCUCGAUCAUCAUUCUUGCUCGCUCA